AUGCCAAACAGUCUAUCCGAGAGCGGACGUGCCACCCAAGCCGAGGAGCGAGUCAAAUAUCUCUGUGAUCGCCUUUCAACAACUGAGACCCAGCCCAACAGCGCAAAUGCUACGCCUGACUCGACGACUGGCCCUGCAUCGUCUGCUGCUUCCAUCCAGACUAGUCAGCAUGAGUCGUUCAGGGUAGAUGAUCCGGGUGUUUACCUAGGUGGUUCGUCUUUCAGUGACCAGUCUGUGCAGGCAAAUGAUAUCUCUAGGUCCAGUAUCGCGGCCAGCAAUAUUGACAGCCAAUACGACUUGGAUACCAUAUCUCGACAAUUGAAUGACCACCUUCAACCCUUGGACAUGCCGGCUCUUUCCAAGGAUUACCAACUCUCUUCAAGUAUCACGUCAAAGCACCAUCCGGAAAUGGAACUACUGCCAACCGGGCUCGUAGUUGCCGUGCUUCAACAACUCAAGGUAAAACGACCGAUCUUCUUAUGCUCGUUUCUCAUCAACGACCCAUCAUUAUUCGAGACCUUGUGUCAGCAGGCAUACUACACUGCAGCUCCUCUGUCGCUCGGCCAAGCUACCAGUAUGUACGGGGUCAUGUAUUGUGUGCUAAAAGAAUAUGUCCUCCUUCAGAGUCCGCUAGCACGGGAGCAUGAUCUGAAGGCGCACAUUUCCACCUGCGAGAGAAAUUUCGGUCGUGGAAUUGAAACUUACCAGACUUUGGCCAUGCCUUGCUUUGAGAACGUUUUCAGUCUGGCUCUAGGGAUGACCAAGGCACAAGAAGAAGGGAAGCCAUUCCUAUGCUGUACGCUCUUAGCUGCCGCCGCUAGCCAUUGCCGUAUGCUCGGCUAUUGUCAAGAGGCAACAUAUGGGAGUCACCAAGCUCGGAGAGCAGACCAAAUGCGCCGUGCCUUCUGGUUUAUUUACAUCACCGACAAGAAUAUGUCCCUCCUUCAAGGUCGUCCGUCGUAUCUACAAGACACUGAGGUAGAUGCCUGGUAUCCAAGAGUUUCUCCUGAUGCUUCUUACAAAGCCUGGGACGAGCUAUUCAUCUUGGGAAUCAAGUUCGCCAAGAUUCAAGGUGAGGUUUAUGGCCACCUUUAUUCGUUGAUUGCACGUCAUUCCUCUCGCGUCCAGCACGAGCAAGCUGUCAAAAAGCUUUCGGACAAGAUGCAAUCCUGGUAUAUUGACUUGGGCAAACUUGACUCAACCCAGAUGAAAGACCAGGAGGUAUUCGAACUCUCCAGGAAAAGCUGGGAUGUCAUGUAUUACUCUACCUUGACUUUGAUCCUGAUUAAGGCACCGACCACGGAUGAAGAAUCAGGUAUCAGUCCGAAAUGUGUCGAAGCCGCUCGGGCCGGACUACAAAGUCAUCUCAUCUGCUUUUCCAGCUAUCAGACUAUCGACAGCCCUGGCUUGGUCUCGGAAUCCGACUACGCGAGCUGGGUCCUCCACCAGUCAUCAUUGAACCCAUUCAUUGUCAUUUUUCUUCACGCUAUUGAAGCUGAUAAUGGCAUGGAAGAUGUUUGCCUUCUAGACCAUAUGGUAGCUGUCUUGGAGAGGAUUUCCGGAGUAUCACACGCCUGCCAAGCCCUCUUCAAGGUCUGCUCCACGUUCGCUCGACUCGCAAGGGCACUGAUUGAAGCGCGAAUGAAUAGCGCUGCCUCACACAGCCAGGCAAGAGACGCUCUUCAAGCCUUCACCGAAACGCAUUCAGUAUCCCAAUUUGGCCUGGAGCCGUUCGAAGGAUUCUUUGGAGCCAAUAUGAUAGAGCAGCUUACCAACCAUGAAUCUUACAGCUUUGCAUCUAUGCUGGGUAGCUGGACUACUGAUGAGACGGAAACUUUAAGAGGAGUCCCGGAAUAG